AUGAAGUUUGUACCUCAUGAACGAGGCGGCCUGGGGCCAGAUCUAGACCGUGAAUGCACACGUGAAGCUCGCGAGAAGCGGACAAAACAACAGGAGUAUGCAAGGCGUCUCCGCGAAACGAUCCAGGAUCUUCCCAAGCGGGUGGAGAAGCCUCCACGCAAAACGGAGGCCGAGUUGAAACGCGAGAGGCAGCAGGAGUAUGCGAAGAACAUACCAAGACCAGCUGUACGUCCUCAAACUGACAGAGAAACCAUUUCCCUCCCUCCUCUUAGAAAGUCUACAACACAGGAAGAGAGGCCCAUUGUAAAGCUGAUGGACAUGCUUGAGCAGCACGACAAGAUGCUGAAAGAGUGCGCAGAAAUCUACGCAUACUUCGGCCUGCAGUGA